AUGGCAGAGAACAAGCCUGCGCAAAUCAAGGACUUGCAGAUUCUGAAAGCAAACAAAGAUGAUGAAAACAAGAAGCACCUGGCGCCCAAGAGGAGCUCCAACAAGGACAGGCACAAAAAGGUGGAUGGUAGAGGGAGAAGAAUACGGAUGCCUGCCUUGUGUGCAGCUAGGGUUUUUCAAUUGACCAGAGAAUUGGGUCACAAGUCUGAUGGGGAAACAAUUCAGUGGCUGCUGCAGCAAGCUGAGCCAUCAAUUAUAGCUGCCACUGGCUCUGGAACUGUACCUGCUUCAGCUCUUGCAGCCGCAGGGUCCUCUGUUUCUGAACAGGGGAGCUCUGUUUCCUCUGUUUCUUCUGGGUUGCAUACAAGGAUGGAAGGACUAAUAAGACCAAGUGUUGGGUCUGAAGGCAGUGCCAACUGGGCAUUUCAUAUGGGCAGAUCUAAUGUAGCAAGUGGGGUUUGGCCCUUGCCCUUUCUCAGUGGGGUUAGGUCAGGUUUUGAUCAAAAUUCUGGUCAGGCAACAGUCAAUUUUGGGAGUGAAAACUUGAACAUCAUGCAGCAUAAGUUUGGGUUUCAUGGGUUUGAUGUCCCUGGUAUGAAUUUGGGGUCAAUGGGUUUUCCCACAGUUCUAAGUGGAAGCAACCAGCAAGUUCCAGGUUUAGAGCUUGGGCUCUCACAGGAUGGUCAUAUUGGGGUUGUGAGUUCUCAAGCUUUGACUCAAUUUCACCAGCACAAAGGGCAGAGGCCAGGUGGUGUAGCUUCCUUCAAUCAGCAGCAGCAGCAGCAGCAGCACCCAUCUGAUACGAAUGAAUGA